AUGGCCAUCCAUAACAAGCUCGAGGUAACAGUGUCCAGCGACGGACGAGUGUUGCCAGAGUACACCGCUGAACCAGAGGUCGUCGAAAUCCACCGGGCCGCUGACGGUGGCAAUGCACCCACGAUUAUCAAAUACAUCGAGUCCACUCCUGGUCUUGACUUUGCCAUCAAUUUCAAGCUACUGAAAGGCAUAGACUUUGGCGAGGCCGAUCAGAUUAACUUUAUCACAUACUGCGACGGACAGUCCAUGGGAGGGCGAGCGGCUACACGCUCCCAGUACGAGUUGACAGGCUCAUUGUCCCUCACAAGGAAUAGUAUGAAGGUUCAGGGCGAUAACACUACCACAAGGCGUUUCUACUGGAAAGAGCUAACAACGACCGAUGAAGAACCUCCUACAGGAAGUCAAGGUUUCGAGAAGUAUGGCCAGCUAGGAACCAUCAAGGUGAAAGUGUGGCGACAAAAGACCUACUUCCGUAAAGAAAGUACGCAUGCUACGACACACAAGCCGCCCACACUAGUCGAGGACCCGAUCCCUGAAAAAGCGCUGAAGGGUCGAGCAAUUGGCGCCACCAUUGGUCUUGGACCGGCCCUCCCUGUCCCCGGAAAGACCAGCAAGAGAACUGUCCACGCUAAUGUGAUCGACUCCGGACCUUUGGUUAUCUUUGUUUUCCUGUACAGAACCAAGCGUGAUUUGCAAAUACUCGGAGUCAUCCCUCGAACACCAAGUCCCGAGCCGCUGGAAAGGAGAGAUGUCAAUACACUGUCGGUCGAAGAGUUGAAGGAGCUCGUGGGACGCCAGCAGGCCGAAUUGACACUUAGUCGUCAAGCCGUGGAAAGCAGAGUCAAGAAAGAGAGAGGCUCGAAAGUCAAGACAGAGACUGCGUCGGGCGAUGACAAUGACACGGUCAUAAGUGGAAUGAAGCGCGAAUUUCAGGACGAGGACGAUGACAUUGUGUUCGUGCGCUCACAGAAGAAGCCUCAUCGCGAGCCGGAGAUCCUUGACUUGAGCGGCUGA